AUGAAUGCAUCUUGUGUGAUGAAUACACCAAGAGGCUUACCAGGAGCUGAUCAACCAGUGGGUAAAAACAAAGAACUUGAACGGUCAACCAACGUCGAUGCUAACGGGGACCGCACUCCCAAACGAACGGAAGAGCAUAUAGUGUCUCCUAGGUUAGCAGAAAAAGAUAAAAGCGUUGCAGCAGGAUCACAGGUGUCAAAUGCGAGGAGUCAAGAAGCAUUAUCAUCUUCAUUGAGCAUAGAUCAUGUGCCAGAUCAAGUACGGACACUGAAUUCAUACCCAAGUGAAACAUUUGGUGUUGAGGAACAUAUUUCGAAAGAAAUACGCGAUCUAUUCCAACAUCUCAAAUACGAACUCCCAAUUAUGAACAAACGUGGUCCAAUGAGCGGCAACUGCGUUUCUGAGACUGACCAAAUGGAGAAUUUCCUUAAGCAAAAUUUCGGUUUUAAUAAUACAAACGAUUACAUCGUAUCUGGUGUACGAUCAUUUCAGAUACGUAGAUUUCUGUCCGACGUGGAUUCUCGUCAAAUAAUUUAUUUCCCUAGAGAGCACCAGAGUGCAUUCACCAUGACUGUAUCUGAAAUCAAAAAGUGGCAAAGUUCCUAUGCUGUCUACGCUGAUCAAAAUGUCCGAGGUAUGGACAAAGCCUUUCUUCAGAAAGCUCUUCGUGGAAAAAGUGGUGAUGGUGAUGAAGCUUUUCGCAUGAAAUUCGUCGUGCGUAUUUCCGAUUGUCCUAUUCUCAUGAAAUUCGAUGCGAGGAUAUUGCGUCGUUCACUCGGAGAACAAUGGCCACAUCUUAUUAAACUCGUUUCCGUAACCGGCGUUGACUUUGCUGGGCGAAAACACGAUGUCAAUGAUGUCACCACCUACAUCAAGAAUUGGCAAGAAGUCUUCGAACUCGACCCGAAGACAGGUAAGCCAGCAGUGUUUCACGGAAGGGAUUUUUAUCCUGUGAGGCAUCACCCUCAAGCCAUGUUAGACGAAGAGCGUCUACUCCGAGACCUUGCUCGUAUGGUCAGACUCAGAUUACAAGCUUGCGAUCAGGAAGGAGUAGAAAUUGUAGUUGAGACAGGAAUUGGCCUCGGUGUAUUCGCUGGCAAGCACAUUGGAAUUGAUGGUCAAGUACGAAGGCUGUCUGCCAUUGCUAUUCGACACGUAGUGCAAAAUUAUUCGACGACGUUUAAAAAUAUUCGUGCUAUUGUGUUAGCCUUACCAAUCUUCACUGGAAUCAGGGAUGGUCGGCGCCUUCCCGACACGUAUGAUUAUUUUGUCGCGGAAUUUCGCAUGAGUCAAUACUCUGGACAUAUACCUCUGCUUAUCAUUGAUCAGGAUAUGCAUGAAUUAACAGUUGCCAUUGCACUUAGAGGUUAUCGUGUUUCUCAACUGAAUCCAGCUGAUUCGCAUGGUGUUUUUGGUGAAUAUUGGCAAAACCAUGGACCUGCAGUUGAAGAGAAACUUGCACUAACAACGGUUGGUUUACUCGUACAACAUCAUCUCAUCAAUCCGGCUGUUCUUGAUGAGAAUCGAUAUCACAUAAUAUGA